AUGUCUCCCGCUUCCGUGAACGGGGGCUCUGGCUCCAACAUCUCCUUCGUGGGCGCCAUUGAUCAGGGCACCACGAGUACCCGUUUCCUCAUCUUCAACCCCCGCGGCGAGGUCAUUGCGACUCACCAGAUUGAGUUCAAGCAGAUCUACCCCAAUCCGGGCUGGCACGAGCACGAUCCCGAGGAGCUUGUUUCCUCGGUCGAGAAGUGCAUUGACGGCGCCGUCAAGGCUUUUGAGACCCAAGGCCACUCCCGCGACCAGAUCAAGGCUGUCGGCAUCACCAAUCAGAGAGAGACCACUGUCCUCUGGGACACAACCACCGGCAAGGCCCUGUACAACGCCAUCGUCUGGACCGAUACCCGUACCAAGGACCUCGUCCGCCGACUGAAGCAACGCCUCGGCGCCAGCGAGCUCACCCAGCGAUGCGGUCUUCCUCUUUCCACAUACCCCUCCGUCGGCAAGCUUCUCUGGCUGAUUGACAACGUCCCCGAGGUCAAGGACGCCUAUGAGCGUGGUGUUCUGGCCUUCGGCACCAUUGAUACCUGGUUGGUGUACAAGCUCAAUGGCGGCACCGCCCGCGAUGUCUACGUUUCCGACCCCUCCAAUGCUGCCCGUACCAUGUUCAUGAAUAUCCAUACUCUCCAGUACGACGAGGACCUCAUCGAUUGGUUCAGGAUCGACCCCAAGAAGGUCAAGCUCGCCAAGAUUGUCCGCUCUUCGGACCCCGAGGCCUACGGUUCCUUGCACAACACCUUGCUGAGCGGCACCAAGAUCACGGGCUGCUUGGGUGACCAGUCCGCUGCCCUGGUCGGGCAGAAAGGCUUCACUGCUGGCCUUGCCAAGAACACUUACGGCACCGGUUGCUUCUUACUCUAUAACAUUGGUCCCAAGCCCGUCAUCUCUUCUCACGGCCUCUUGACCACCGUCGCUUUCGACUUUGGCCCUGGCAAGACCAUGUAUGCCCUCGAGGGCAGCAUUGCUGUUGCGGGCUCCAGUGUCAAGUUUCUUGUUGACAACUUGGGUUUCAUGGAGUCGUCCUCCAAGCUCAGCGCGCUCGCCGAGACUGUCGAGGACAACGGCGGAUGCACCUUCGUCACUGCAUUUAGCGGCCUAUUCGCCCCGUACUGGAUCGAUGAUGCCCGCGGUACCAUUUUCGGCAUCACUGCCUACACUCAACGUGGUCACAUUGCUCGUGCCACUCUCGAAGCCACUUGCUUCCAGACCAAGGCCAUCCUGGAUUCCAUGGAGAAGGACAGCGGCGCAGCUCUGACCGAGCUCGCCGUCGACGGUGGCAUGUGCAACUCCGAUCUCGUCAUGCAGACCCAGUCCGACAUCAUUGGCAUCCCUGUUAACCGCCCAGGCAUGCGCGAGACCACGGCCCUUGGCGCGGCCAUUGCAGCAGGCUUUGCUGUGGGGGUGUGGAAGAACUUUGACGAGCUGAAGGACAUCAAUCUUGAGGGCCGCACCAUCUUCAAGCCCGCCAUCUCUGACGAGGAGGCUUCCGAGCGGUUUGGCCGCUGGGAAAAAGCCGUCCAGAUGAGCAAGGGCUGGUCAAGCUAA